UAUGAAUGAAUUGAGUUAAUGACAGACAAAUACACUUUCUCUUUUGAAUUUCUUAACCAGUUUAAAGAAGGUUGACUUUCAAAGUCCAUAAAAUUGAAUUCUGCACGAGAACAUGUUCUUUACACUGGUGAGGCUAGCCGGGACAGACCUCUGGGAUCCUGUUCCACUCACUCACACACUGUUGAGAUAAGGAGAGUGAAGGGUGAGCUAAAUAGAAGGGGAGCAGGGCAAGGUCAUUCCUGCUACAGUGUCUGAAGCACCAGGAGCUCCAGGGCAGUGUGGGGCAUAAAAGAUCCUACACUAGUAAUUGAAAAUAACACGCAGUUUGGAAGGGUAAAAAUGAAGGUCCCUGUACUGGAGGAUGUAAAAGAUGAAACUGAAGAGGAAAAAAUAGGGGAAGGAGAAAAUGAAGACAAGGUGUUCGUGCAGCCGGUUAUUGAAGACCUGAGCAUGAAAUUGGCUAGAAAAUGCACCAGACUAAUUAGUGAUAUCCAUUAUAAAGAAGAGCAUAAGAAGUCAAAGGACAAGUGUACAUUUGUGCCUGACACACCUUUGCUAAAUCAUGUAAAACAAAUCAGUGCUUUUAUUUCUGAGGCAAAAUAUAAAGGCACCACUAAGGCGGACCUUUCAAACUCUCUUUAUAAACAGAUGCCAGCCACAAUCGACAGCGUCUUUGCGAGAGAAGUCACACAGCUGCAGAGUGAGGUUGCCUACAAGCAGAAACAUGAUGCUACCAAGGGAAUUUCAGAUUAUGCCCACAUGAAGGAGCCACCUGAGAUCAGACAUGCCAUGGAGGUCAACAAGCGCCAGAGUAAUGUUUCUUAUAGGAAGGAUGUACAGGACACCCACACGUACAGUGCGGAACUUGACAGACCAGAUAUCAAGCUGGUAACUCAGCUCUCCAAGAUCGUAAGCAAUGCAGAGUAUAAGAAAGGACAGGGGAUAAUGGAUAAAGAGCCUGCUGUAAUUGGAAGACCAGAUUUUCAACAUGCUGUGGAAGCUUCUAAACUUUCUAGUCAAAUUAAAUACAAAGAAAAAUUUGAUAAUGAAAUGAAGAAGCAUCACUACAACCCUCUCGAAAGUGCCUCUUUCAGACAAAGUUGGUUCGCCACUACCCUGGCAAGUGAUGUGAAGUACAAGAAAGACAUUCAAAAUAUACAUGAUCCGGUUUCAGAUCUCCCAAAUUUGUUGUUUUUAGACCAUGCUCUGAAAGCUAGCAAAAUGCUGAGUGGACGUGAAUAUAAAAAACUUUUCGAGGAAAACAAAGGCGUGUAUCAUUUUGACGCAGACGCUGCAGAGCACCUGCACCACAGAGGCACUGCCACCCUCCAGAGCCAGGUUAAAUACAAAGAAGAAUACGAGAAAAACAAGGGAAAAUCAAUGCUUGAAUUUGUUGAGACACCAUCUUACCAGGCUUCAAAAGAGGCACAGAAGAUGCAAAGUGAGAAAGUUUACAGAGAAGAUUUUGAGAAGGAGAUUAAAGGAAGGUCUUCGCUGGAUUUAGACAAGACUCCAGAAUUCUUACAUGCAAAGUACAUCACCAACCUUCUGAGGGAGAAGGAAUAUAAAAAAGAUUUGGAAAAUGAGAUAAAAGGGAAAGGAAUGGACCUGAGUUCAGAAGUUCUUGAUAUUCAGAGAGCAAAGCGAGCAUCUGAAAUAGCCAGUGAGAAAGAAUACAAGAAAGACCUGGAGUCAAAAAUUAAAGGAAAGGGAAUGCAAAUUGGCACUGACACCCUGGAAAUCCAGCGUGCCAAGAGAGCUGUUGAAAUAGCAAGUGAGAAAGAGUAUAAAAGAGAUCUGGAGACUGAAAUCAAAGGGAGAGGAAUGCAGGUCAGUGCUGACACCCUUGAUGUCCAGAGGGCGAAGAGAGCAUCUGAGAUGGUCAGUGAGAAACAUUAUAAGAAGGACUUAGAAAAUGAAAUUAAGGGGAAAGGCAUGCAGGUGAGCGUGGAUAUCCCAGAUAUACUUCGAGCCAAGAGGGCCUCUGAAAUCUAUAGCCAGACAGAGUAUAGCAAAGAAGCAGAGGAAAUAUUCUCUAACUAUUUCACUGCAGUAGGCACUCCUGAAAUGCAGUGAAUUAAGACAACUCAAGAAGACAUUAGUACAGUGUUUUAUAAAAAAGAAAUAGGAGCUGGCACAGCAGUAACAGACACUCCAGAGAUUGAGCGAGUGAAGAAAAACCAGCAGAAUAUUAGCUCAGUGAAAUACAAAGAAGAGAUUAAGCAGGUAACAGCAAUUUCUGAUCCUCCGGAACUGAAGAGAGUUAAAGAAAACCAGAAGAACAUCAGCAAUCUUCAGUAUAAAGAGCAAAGCUACAAAGCCACUCCAGUAAGCAUGACCCCGGAGAUGGAGAGGGUGAAGAAGAACCAGGAGCAGCUGAGCGCGGUGAAAUACAAAGAAGAGAUCAAACAGGCAACUGCAAUUUCUGACCCCCCAGAGCUGAAGAGAGUGAAGGAAAACCAGAAGAAUAUCAGCAAUGUUUAUUAUAAAGGUCAAUUGGGCAGAGCUACUGCAUUAAGUGUAACUCCUGAAAUGGAAAGAGUAAAGAAGAAUCAAGAAAACCUCAGCUCGAUAAAAUACACCCAGGAGCAUAAAAAGAUGAAAGGUAGACCAAGUUUGAUUUUAGAUACUCCUAGUCUGAGACAUGUGAAAGAAGCUCAAAACCAUGUUUCCAUGGUGAAAUAUCAUGAAGACUUUGAGAAGACGAGAGGAAGAGGCUUCACGCCCGUGGUGGAUGACCCCGUGACGGAGAGGGUCAGGAAGAACACACAGGUGGUCAGUGACGCUGCCUACAAAGGUGUCCACCCCCACGUGGUGGAGAUGGACAGGAGACCCGGGAUCAUUGUGGACCUCAAAGUUUGGCGCACAGAUCCUGGCUCCAUCUUCGACCUUGAUCCCCUGGAGGACAAUAUCCAGUCUAGGAGUCUACACAUGCUGUCUGAAAAGGCAAGUCACUAUAGGAGACAGCGGUCUCGCUCUCAUUCCAGCAGCACUUUUGGUACAGGUCUGGUUGAUGACAAGUCUGAAAUCUCGGAGAUUUACCCGAGCUUUUCGUGCAGCAGUGAGGUCACAAGGCCAUCUGACGACGGAGCACCUGUUCUUCCUGGAGCCUACCAGCAAAGCCAUUCCCAGGGCUACGGGUUCAUGCACCAGGCCAGUGUGUCAUCCAUGAGGUCCAUGCAGCAUCCUCCAAAUCUAAGAACCUACCGAGCCAUGUAUGAUUACAGCGCCCAGGAUGAAGAUGAAGUCUCCUUCCGAGACGGCGACUACAUUGUCAACGUGCAGCCCAUCGAUGAUGGCUGGAUGUAUGGCACCGUGCAGAGGACAGGCAGAACAGGGAUGCUUCCGGCCAAUUACAUUGAGUUUGUUAAUUAAGUCUUUCUCUUUGUCCUUUCUGCUUUACUCUCAUGUAUUCUAAACCUUUUUAAAAGAUAGGUGAUACUUUUAAGGAAAUUUGGCAGUUAUUUUACAAUAAUGUAUCCUUACUUUGACGAGUAGACACACAGGUACCAGGAAGAAUGACUUCUGGGGUGAAAGCAGCAGCAUUUUCGCUAAUUCUUAUACACAAAAUUGUUAAUGUCUGGAGACCUGGUGCUGCUAACUGUGUUUGUGAUUUUUUUUUUUUUUUUGAUUGGCUAUUGAACCCUUCUGGGAAAAUGUAUUUUUGUAGAUUUUAAUAGAGGUGUUGAUUGUCCCUUCAAUGUAAUGAGUAAUAUACGAUUUCUUAGCUGUCACUUUGGAAUCACCACCAAGAAGCCAAUCCACUUAACUCAGUAAUGCAGCCAAUAACUUAAAUACUGAUGAGCUUUUGAGUCACUAGGCGAUUUCUUGCUCAAGCAAAAAUUGCCUAAGACAAUCAAUGGAAGCGUUGGGGAUAAGACAGUCUGGUUAUAAUUAUGUGGACUAGUGGCCUUAGGGACCUAGAGAUGUCCACGUUUUCUAGACUGACUUGAGAUCUCUUUGUUCUCAUUUGUACGCUCCAUCUCCAUUCUCUGGACCCUGGUGUACAGUGUCAGGACCAAGGCCCUUCACAGCUGCUCUAAUGGGGCCACUGUGAUGUCAUGUUUUCCUGGCCGUCCUGACUCCAUUGCAUGUCCCGUAAGUUCCAGCUUCUGUAACAUAGGCAACUGCGCUGCCCACUCCUGUAAUUAAAGCAAAAAGUGUGGCUGCUCCCUAUGGCCCUUCCUCUAGUUGCCGGUUCAUCAGAAUUACAUAUUUUGAAAAGUUGCUUGAGAUUUUCCUGCUGCAUUGUACUCUAGUUUUGAGGGAUUUACAUCUUAGAAAAUAACAUGUAUACUCUAGUAAAUAAGUGAUCUAGGUGUUUAUCAAGCAGCUUUCAUUAACUUAGCACUGCUGUUGAUUUUAAAGUGAAGAAAAAUUAAUAGGAACCAGUGGGGGGGGGGAUGGACUGUGGAAUGUUUGAGGGGAAAAAAUUCCCAGCAAACCAAAAGUGGCCAAGUCCACCUUGUGGUGAUGUGGCUUCUGAGUGCAAAAACUGCCAUUCAGAUCCUAGCCACUGAUGCUGGUUCUUAAGAAUUCCUAACACUUUCUGCAUCACCUUAGUGGAUGAGGUAAGGAGUGAUUUUUCAGGUAUAUGCCCAACAUGCUCUCCACUAAGACAGCAAUAGUUGUCACCUUUUGGUUUUCAAAUGAGUGACUUUGCAGGGUUUUGCUUCAUGCAUAACCAUCAGUGCGUAUAUUGCUGGUGGACCCUGAAGCUUCACCUGGGGGCUGCAGUCAAGGUGGGCAGCCACUCUGAAUGUGCCCUUUGUGACCUGCAACAGGGUGGCUUUCUUAGAGGCUCUGACUCUGGAAAUGCACACUAAAAAGGCAAAGUUGCAAGCAUGUCAUCCAAUUUAUGGGCUGUGGGAGUGCCCACCUUACGUGAUGUAGUCAAGGAAGUUAACAGCAGGUUCUGCAAGGCAUCUUUAUUGCAAUGUUUACCAGCCCAGAGGACAAAGCUGACUCACUGAUGUUUAUGAUUAUUUAGCUCAAUAGUUUUGAAAAUCUAUAAUUUCAUUUUAUUAGACUGAAAGAGGAAAAACUUUAUUACAUCCAAGUUUCAUCUAUGCUACAGUGAUAUACAAUUUAAAAAAUUGAGGCAAAUAGAGUUUGGGGAAGGCAUUUGAGAGAUUACCAAUAACCAGCUUCACUGAUUCUUUGAAAUGAUUGAUCAUGGUUAAAUUGAUUAAACCUAUUUGAAUUCUGAGGUUUGUCUAUACAAACAUACCAAUACAAGCUGAAUUUGCAGUAUUUUUGGGUAAAUCUGUGCAUUAGAAUCUAGGGCGAUAAGCCCACCCGUUUUUAUCAUAGAGUAUGUAUUUAUGUUUCACCCGGGAGACCACUGUUGGUGAUUUUAAAAGCAUUUGUUGAUUGCGUUUCCAGGCUAAAUGUAGAAUUUUUGAGAAAUAACACAUUUAUAGGAAGCUCAAAGCAGACUGUCCUGAAACUGCUUAUAGUUAGUACAGUUACCAUUCAGUAGCAGUUUGAUAUCUCCUGUUUUUCACAUCCAUUGAUUUCAAAGUCAUAUUUGUUGAAUGUGAAGUCGGCACCUAUUUGGGUAAAGUCUCGUGAUGUUUGUUUAGCUCCUAGCCAUUAUCAACUGGUCAGAAUCCAGAGGGUGAAUCAUCCUAUGAUAAAGACAGAGGCAGCACACGACAUUGCAUGCAGUUGGGGUUGCCAUUCAAUGGUAUUGGUAUCUUUACUAAAGCUUUGUCAGGAUAUUAAACUUCUCAGUAGAAAUACAGGAAACACAGAUGUGUGAUACCAAAGUGCUAUUUUUACAGCAUUAUUUUUUUAAGCACCGUUCUGGAAAUAGCUCUUCCACCUGCCACAUGCCUCCUGCUCCUCUUCAGCUUGGCUACAGUGACCUUACCUGUAACACUGACAGCUAAAGAAGAGUUGUGAAAACAAGUCCUUAAAAAAUCAAGAAGACUGCAAGUGCCCACACACAGAAGGCUACACCCUGAUUUUCUAAGUGGGAUGUGUUCUCAAGCCUGAGUAAAGCACAACGAGUAGUUUAAUAUGCUUUUAUAAGGCUUUGAAAACAAAAUUGUAUGUGGGUCAUCUCUCGAAAAGGGAUCACAACAGAAUAUCAUGUUGUUUUUGUAGUUAAUAUUUCUACUAGUGCCUGUUCUCAGGAAAGCUUGCUAUUUCUGACCUGUUGCGAAAUGAAUGCUCGAUGUCUUCUUGGUAUUGUCUGCACAUCGCAGUGUAACUCAGUUUGAGAUAUUUAUCUGGUUGUCAGCUCUCCCCAGAGGCCUGGGCCUGACCCCAGGGGACCACGCAGGGAUUUGUAAGCACAAUUUCACAAGCACCUGUCUGAGUGUGGCUGGCAUGAGAGUGGCUCCUUUUCUGCCGGAAGGUGAUGAGACUGUGGGUCUGCCAGUUUGAACGUUCCUUGUCCCUCCAUGCAGAGCUCUACAGCGCUCUAUAGGUUAGGAAGACUUUUCUGAAAGACACAGUGGAAGUACAAGUGGCACCCCUUGUUUUCAGGUUCAUGAUUUCCCACGGACUGUUUCUAAUUAGAAGAUGGUAUGUAUGAUCUUUGCUAACGCAUUGCUAUAUAAAGUGGAUAUAGUUUAAACCAAGAUUAUAACACAGAUAUAUACAAAAGAGGUGCCUUUCUGAUUACCCUGUUUAUCUGUUAUGCUCUUGGAAAGAAGGCUAAACAAGCAAAAUUUUUCCUAUUCUAUAGUGAUAUUUUAUUAUAAAUGGUAUUUUCGUGGUGGGGAGAUGGGAAUGCCCCUGAGAAAUAUUAAUGGUGGUAGCUAAUUGUAUUUACCUGUAAAGGUUUAGAAUUUUAGAAAAUGUUGACUUCCAUCUAUUUCUGAAAGAUUCCUUAUGGAUUUAUAUAUAGUUGAGAUAUAGAAACAUUAAAUUUAGCUUUGGUAUUUGAAAUAUCUAUUAUAAGAGAAUAAUUUUGUUAGAAGGCUGAAUUCGCUAUAUAAAAUGAACUUUGUUUGCUUCUGAUAAUCUAACAUGACUAGAUUGCCGUAGUUUUGGGUGGCUUGACAUGGAGAUGAGACUAUUUUAGGCAAACAAGUCGCGGUACAACCUGUCUUACAGAUACUGAAAAGGGAGUGUCUCUCUAGCGUGUCCCAUAAGGGCCCCUUCCAGGCAAUAGGUUGUCAACUAUUGAUGGUCAAGAAAAUCGAGACAUCCUAUGAGACUUCUGUGGUCAUCCUCCUGUGAUGCUCAUGCUACUGGAAUUCAUGGGCCUGGGGAGCUGCCCAGGCAAAUUUUCUGCCCAUUCUGUCCAUAUUAUUUUGGUAAAUUCAUGGGAAUUGCAUAUGCUGUUUGUGUUUGAAAUGUGGUGUUCGGUUUGCAUAGUAUCUACUUCUUUGUGAUCCAGUUGCUGAUAAAAAGGAUUGCUUCAAAGGAAAAACUCUAUCACAGUCCCACUCUCCAGUGUCCAUAUAAUGAGCUUCUGUACAUUUGGGGAAGCAGCACCAAGGGUGUGACAGAUGUGAUAUAGAACUAUUGGCUUUUGACCUGUGGAAAAAUGCAAAAUUGAACCAUUGCAGUUUGGCUUCUACUUCCUUUGAAACACGUAGAAUUGUGACUGAUGAUAAAUAUGCAAGACUGUACUAACCUUGAGAACCUAGCCGUUUUGAAGCAAACAUUCAAAAUGUUUUUCAAAUGAAGAGGCUUAUUGGAUGGUACAAUGUUAUUAACAAAAUUUGGUGUUGGUUAUGCAAAUUGUUAACACCAGCUAUUAAAAUAUAUUUUAGUAGAAAUGCUUUAAUUCAUUUUUUUUUCCUCUACACUGUGAAUCUUUAAGCCUUGGUGGUGGACUAGAGCAACAUUGUGCUGUCCAAAGGACUAACCUAUGCAAAUUAGUUCAUAUUUUAGUGGAUGUCAUAGUAGAUGUGUAGUAAGACAUUAUUUCUCCCCAGCAUAAUGUACAAUGGCAUUGAAAUAACACAUUCAGCCCAGCAUCAUGUAUGUAUAGCAUAGUCACUCACAGACCCUUCAAGGCAAUCAUAAUCAUUAGUAUUUGUAUUCAUGUGGAAGCGAAUCACUGAUUUAUCUUUAGAAGCAACUUGAGCAAUGUAAAAAGAAUGACAAAUGGGCUCGAUGACUGUGGCUUUCAUGUGGUCCCUGCAAGUGGUCUCCUAUGAUAGAAUUGUGUUCUCAGAUGCACUCUCUUCAGGGUCUUAAAAGUUGGUGUCUUCUUUCUGUAUUUGUAAAACAUUAAAAUGCAUUAAUUUCCUAUCUUUACACAUCUGGUUUGCUUAAAUAAAUGCAGGAUAUAACAAAGUGGUUCUACUUCUUGACUCUCACCGUGUUUCUUGGCACAUGGGUUAUUGGAUGCAGGCUACACUCCCUGAAAGCACACUGGGUGUUAGAAUUGUCGUGAUAGUUCCCAUCUUAUCUGUCACAGAUGUGUGUUGACUUAGGGCAUUUCCACUGGUGAGUCAUUCAAGAUGUGCUUUCU